CUUCUGGUGAAUAGAUAGGCAUGGUUCCUUAACUCCCUUUUGGGGAAAUGGGCUAUUAACUUCCUGUGCGAUCAAGUCUGAACGCACUGGAUCGAAUUCGGUUUCGAUACGUAUGCUAGGAUACCAAUGUCGGAACUAGUCGAGCUCCUAUUGUGAGUACCGCCAGCCAUGAUGCUAAUUCCUACUUGGGUUGGCAGGUAAUACCUGUGACACAGCGACGCCUAGACUCGGCACGUGAUGAGAGGAGGUUGGUUCAUCAGGUGACGAAUCAUUGACCUGGCUUCUUGUUUUUCUCAAUGUUUGGUCCCAAAUCCAUCUCUGUGGCGGGAGUCGGCCAAUACUUUCUGGCCCUUUGACUGGCAGCAUUCAUCUACCAUGAUUUUUGAUGCGACCACUACUUUGCAUGAGGCGAUUCUAUUGACACACCGGUCGCUGGAAACAUAGGCCUAAGCUACGCUCCGUUGGCCCACCAUUUGAUUGCGCCUUGUCGUCUCUUCCCCCCCUCCUCGAUGGCCCCCUUCAGGCUGCUCACCCUAGAGGUAGAACGCAAGUUCAGCCGACUUGCUGUGCAGCCAUUGACUCUUGCCAGAGGGCACCCACCAUUUCGAAGUCUGCGGUACUUGGGUUUACGCUCCAUGCACGAUAUAUACUACGAUUUAGAUGGCCUGCUAUCCUCGAAAGGCAUUUGGGUCCGCAAAAGGGACGGUGACUGGGAAGCCAAAAUAAAAGAUGGCGGAAAUUUCCAGAAUUCUAGGUUCAUGGAGAUGCGCAACCCAGAGGGAAUCUCUCGUCACCUGAAACUUUCUACGGGUAUUAGCCAAACUGAACUCACCAACUUUGGACUACGGGAGUUGGCUUCCUUUACAACAUUUCGGCAAAGCUGGGUCGCCGACGAUGACUUCACAAUUGUUCAAGACACCAUGGAUUUCGACAAUCACAUGGUCGGGGAAGUUGAGCUGCAAUGUACUCUCCCAAGGAGUCCUAGUUCUAUCCAUACUACCGAGGAAGAACGCGCUCUGAGACUGGAGGAGAUGGACUCCCGGAUCCGCGGAUUCAUGACUCGUUAUGCAUGGGCAUUUCAUGUGGGUCAACCGAAGGGCAAGCUUGCAGCAUUCCUCGAGAGAUUAUCAAAUUGAAUCAUCUGCACUCGCUUGCACUGGACUGGGAUAGACGGGUUAUGCAUGCGGACAUUCUAAUAGUAGGUAGAGACCGGAAACAAGUAAAUGUAUGUCAAGGUCGGCAGAUUCAACCCUACGGAAUGGCUCGACCGAACAAGUUGACAUCAGUCAAGUCUGCUUGCUCCGCACAUAUUGGUCUGAAUAUCAUGGAGUUCAUGCCAGGGCAGAAAACGAAAGAACC